CGUUAACGGCGCGGGGUCGAAGAGUCACCGGGAAGAUGCCGUCGGCGAGGUGACGCUGGAGGUGGACCGCGUGGCGAUGGCCAAAUCGGGCGCCCUGCUCUUGCUCUUUCGGGACCCGGACGGCACGCUGGAUCGCGCGCGCCGCGCGCUGCGGGGCGCGUUCCCCGGGGCGCCCUCGAAGCAGACCGCCAUCGCGCACUGCACGCUCCUGAGGGCGUUUCCGAGGGCAAGCGGCGGUGACACACCAAUCGGCGAGGACUCGUCGUCGUCGUUCGGCGGGGCGCUGAGCGGGAGGGCGCUGGCGGACGUGAGCGCGUCGUGCGCGCGGUGGACGCACAGGCUGGCGGGGGCGCGGGUGAAGGUGAGCCGCGCGUGGCUGGUGCGGGAGGAGCGGUUCUCGUCCGUGGACGGCCCGCGGUCGUCUUUCCACCUGUGACGACGGCGCGGCUGACGGUGACGACUUUUCGAUCUGCCGGUGGCGUGGAGUUGUGAAGAAUCCGUCGACUAGCUAAGGCGUUGUUCACAUCGUAUCACGAGCUGCU